UAAGAAGUGCAAAGCUUCAGGAUCCCAAUUCCAAUUCGAAGACACCGGAUCCGUACUCGAUGGAGGAUGGAGGUGCAGGAAAAGGCGGCGUGUGAAAGCAGCAAAAUGUAAAUAUCAAGGAUGCUUUCCACGUGUCGUAUGGAGAUUCCCACAUCUACCACCGCCCAAUCUACCUCUUUUGUAAGCUAAAAAGCUGCCCAAAGCAGCAAAUUAAAUAAUAAUAAUAAAAGUAAACGACACGCAGUGAAGCCACCGUAACAGUAGCUGAGUUCUUCCUCUUCUUUCUUCUUCAAUGGCGAUGGCAGCCAUGGUAAUGCGAUGUUCCUGCACAACCAGAACCACAACAACAAACUCAACCUCAACCUCAACCACAACAAGCGAGGCAAAGCCACCUUUUUUACAUUUUCGACAUCCAUGCUCUCAUCGUCUUACACGUAGACCCAGAAGCUUCAGCUUGUCUGAGUUGUCUCUCUCUUGCUGUCAACUCAGAAGCUUCGCUUUCCUCCACCACCCAUUUAAUUCUUCUUCUUCUUCUUCUUCUCCACUUCCCGCCUCCCUUGGCUCUGAUGUCCCCCGCCCGCUUCACCAGGCAUCAGUGGAUUUCAAAAGCAGUGAGAGCUUUCAGCAUUGGGAUUCCUUAACGGCAAAGUUCUCUGGAGCAUCCAAUAUCCCUUUCCUGUUCUUGCAACUGCCCCAGAUCUUCCUCAAUGCUCGCAAUCUUUUGGCCGGAAAUAAAGCUGCUCUUUUGGCUGUCCCCUGGCUGGGAAUGCUUACUGGUUUGCUUGGAAACCUUUCAUUGCUUUCUUACUUUGCAAAGAAGAGGGAGAAGGAGGCCAUUGUUGUGCAAACAUUGGGAGUAGUUUCUAUAUAUGUGGUUUUUACUCAGCUUGCGAUGGCAGAAGCUAUGCCUCUGCCUCAAUUUGUUAUCACCUCCAUUGUUGUGGCAACUGGUCUUGUUCUGAAUUUCUUGAAUUAUUUUGGUUUGCUUAAUGCUGGAAUCUGGCGCUUUUGGGAAGAUUUUAUUACUGUUGGAGGGCUAACUGUCCUUCCCCAGGUUAUGUGGUCUACCUUUGUCCCCUAUAUACCAUCCAGUAUCUUGCCUGGGGCUUCAGCAUUUGUUGUAGCUUUGGCAGCUGUUGUUUUGGCACGAACAGGGAAACUAUCUGAGAAAGGCAAAAAGUUCGUUGGAGCAAUAUCUGGAUGGACAGCUACACUUCUCUUCAUGUGGAUGCCAGUAUCACAAAUGUGGACAAAUUUCCUGAGUCCUGACAACAUCAAAGGCUUAUCAGCUUCUUCGAUGUUACUUGCAAUGGUUGGAAAUGGACUCAUGAUCCCACGUGCCCUUUUUAUUCGUGACUUCAUGUGGUUCACGGGUUCUUCUUGGGCUACAUUCUUUUACGGAUAUGGGAAUAUUGUAUGCUUGUACUGUUUCAACUGUAUCAGCAGGGAAUUCUUCUUGGCAGCAACAGCUGGUUUGUUCUUAUGGAUAGGAAUGACUUUGUGGAGAGACACUGUAGCAUAUGAAUACAAUUCGCCUCUAACAUCUUUGAAAGAGUUGGUUUUGGGAUCCGGAUAAGUUUAAAGCAUUAAUGUUGAGGAAAAAACUUGAAAAGCGACCUGGAAGGAGCGGUCAUUAAAUGUGAAAGCUGUGGCAUUGGCAUCGGCAUUGUCUUGUUGAUUAUAGAUAUGAAGUUCAAUUAGGCAGCACGUUGUGCGAUAAAAUUGAUGUUGUCAAUGUUUUUCAUUUCCAUAUACAUAAUAUAUGGAUUAAUUUCUUGGACCAUGGGCCAUCUUUGUAUGAAAUUUGUGUUUUUUUAAGGGGGUGUAUAUUUAUAUAUAUAUAUAUAUAAGUUAUAGAUC